CUCGGGGUUGACAGCGUUGGCCGGCGCCAAGGGAUUGUCCCUGAGUCUGGGCUUGGAUCUCAGGGACAGGGCUGGCCCCGAAUGCAACGCCAGAGCUCGGUCCUCCUCUUACACUCCCCUCCAGUCGACCCCCGCUGGCCUUUGAAAUCGAUCCCCGCUUCACCCGGUCCGGGGAGUAGGCCCCGACUGGCGACCCGAACUAGAGGCACUGAAGCCCUGGCCUCAGCUACAAGUGAGGAUCCGAUCCCCAGGAACUUGGGCGGGACGCUGCCAAACGCCAGCAGUUAGACUGGAAGCCUCAACCUAGACCUUCCAGCCCCACCGAUGGAAACCCAGGCAGAUGGAGCAGCUCAGGAACCCCAGGCUGUGCUGGAGAGCGCACUCCCAUCCUCUGAUGUUGGUAUGUUUGCUGACAAGGACAGCCUCAGCGAGGAGGUGCUGGCUGCCACGCUCCUAAAGGCCAAGUCACAGGAGCUGGUGACCUUCGAGGAUGUGGCGGUCUACUUCAUCCGGAAGGAGUGGAAGCGCCUCGAGCCAGCGCAGAGAGACCUGUAUCGGGACGUGAUGUUGGAGAAUUACGGGAACGUGUUCUCUCUGGAUGGGGAGACCCGGGCGGAGCUCCGUGGAAACAUCUCUGAAGAGCCUGGGUCCCGGCGGGUGCUGUUGGGGAGACUCCAGAAGGACAUUUCUCAGGGUCUGCGGUUUGACGAAGCCUACGAAGGAGUUGGUCUAAAGAGGCAGCCAGGGAUCCCAUCUGGGCCAAGGCUGAAGAGGAAGCUGCCAGACUUCAGGCCAGUGGAAGCCAAAUUCAGCACCACGGGAGAAGGGAGGAGUGAGAGGUACAGUGAUCUGGGGAGUGGCUUCCCCAGGAGUCCCAGCUUGCUGGCCCAUCCCAGGCUCCCGGCCGGAGAUAGGCCCCACAAGUGCGACGAAUGUAGCAAGAGCUUUAAUCGGACUUCAGACCUCAUCCAGCAUCAGCGCAUCCACACUGGGGAGAAGCCAUACGAAUGCAGCGAGUGUGGCAAGGCCUUCAGCCAGAGCUCACAUCUCAUCCAGCACCAGCGCAUCCACACAGGCGAGAAGCCCUACGAGUGCGGCGACUGCGGCAAGACCUUCAGCUGCAGCUCGGCGCUCAUCCUGCACCGGCGCAUCCACACGGGCGAGAAGCCAUAUGCAUGUGGUGAGUGUGGCAAGACCUUUAGCUGGAGUUCGACACUCACACACCACCAGCGCAUCCACACGGGCGAGAAGCCGUACGCGUGCCAUGAGUGUGGCAAGGCCUUUAGCCGCAGCUCCACACUUAUCCACCACCAGCGCAUCCAUACAGGGGAGAAGCCGUACGAGUGUGGCGCGUGCGGCAAGGCCUUCAGCCAGAGCUCGCACCUCUACCAACACCAGCGCAUCCACACGGGUGAGAAGCCCUACGAGUGCAUGGAGUGUGGCGGCAAGUUCACCUACAGCUCGGGCCUGAUUCAGCACCAGCGCAUCCACACGGGCGAAAACCCGUAUGAGUGCAGUGAGUGUGGCAAGGCCUUCAGGUACAGUUCAGCCCUGGUCCGCCACCAGAGGAUCCACACUGGAGGCAAGCCUUUGAAUGUCAUGGGCAUGAACAGAAGCUCUCUCCGGGUCACUGCCCAGCUCAAUGUGACACCGCCCAGCUGAGAGGGCCGGGCGUGGGUCCAUGCAAUUUCUGCCUCACUCUCCGCCUCAACAGUGGGUCUCACUUUACUGUACACACAGGUGCAGAUGGAGUGAGUGUCCUGGCUUGGUUUGGGUGAACCCAGCCCAUGUCCUGGGUCCACUCAGGGAAGGAGGCGAGCCAGGCCCCAAGUGUUGAGUCAGGGGCAUUCUGGGGCCAGUGUUUGCACUAGACAUAAUUUCUCACACCUGAGGGGCCUUUUUCCUGUACCAGGAGGGAGUAGCCUCCCCAGGAUUCUCAAGCAGGGGCCAGAGGGCAGCGGAAGCACCUUCUGAGCCUGCUAUUUGCUGGCA